UCAACCGCCAGGAAACACCAAAGAAGAAACGAGAGUUUCACACAGAGGAACUGUAAAGCUCUGGAGGAGAAAUAUGGUCACCUGUUGUAGCUGCUCUCAACACUAAGAAGACUGGACCUGUUUCAACAAAAUGGAGUUUAUAUUCUACAGAAUACACUCACUUACACUUUUAUUAUGUUAGCUCUUUAACUAUGGUGAAGUAGAUAAAGACUGCAUUAAAUACCAGUUAUGGGCCAAUCACCUUGCUAACCCUACAACCACAAUUUCAAAAAGGAAUCUUUUUCUUUCUGCCAAAACAGGCUUUUCCUGUUACAUAAUAGUUAGACUCAGACUUCUCACACCUCCCCUGAACAGAAGGGCUUUUUUUUUAUAAACACAUAAAUAUGUGGGCGUUUCUUCCUGACUCUUCAUGAGAACUAGUUGUGUUUUGGCUCGCUAGUUUUCUCAGUGUGAAGAAAAGGCUUCAUCUUUGACCUCUCACUGCUGACCAUCUCUACAAGCUUCUGGCAGAACAAACAAUUAAACGUUGCUCUUCAAGACCAGGCUCACUAAUGCUCAAAUGAACACACUCAAAAGAUUUUUGGACGUUCAGGGAGAGGCUUGUUACUCCUUCUUUUUCUAAGAACCACUACGCCAUCUGAAACCCCUAUCGUAAAAGAUUAAUUCACGCCGGAGAUACCAAAGAAGAAAUUAUUAACUAAAGCACAAUGGAACGAGAGCAAGACUACUGUGCUAUUAUGAAAGGAAUUCAGGAACUUGAUUUUGAAGCCAAUGCUUUACCAAGUGACCUUGUGCUAAUAGGCAGCCAAGCCUUUCCACUCGCUAUGAAUCCAAGAGGUCAGGUUCUGAUAGCCGCAUCUCGCUAUGGUCAGGGACGUAUAGUAGUGUUGGGACAUGAGAAGUAUUUAACAAGUUUCCCAAUCCUGGUGGAAAAUGCCUUGGCUUGGCUUAUGCCACCUGAGUCUGAAAGCACAACAGUAGGCAUUCAGAAGAAUCUCAGUUCCCUUGCUGAGAAUUUAUCCUACUGUGCUCUGAAAACCGAGGUAGGAGAUUUCCGAAAUGUGGGUUAUGCAGUCUAUGUGACUGAUGCCUACAGUGUCGAUUCAUGUGCCAAAGACUUGGUUGCCUUCCUUAAAGCUGGGGGAGGCUUGCUUAUUGCUGGUCAUGCUUGGCACUGGGCUCAGACCAAUCCAGAAGAGAAUACAUUGCUCUCUUUUCCAGGAAACAAAGUGUGCAGUGUGGCAGGAAUCUAUUUCUCAGAGAUUCCAGGGGAAUGUGGCAAAUGUCCUAUUCCCAUGCAAAUUCCCUCGAACUGGCUGGCAGUUUCGAUUGGUAAGGAUUUCAAAGAUGAUCUGCAAUUUCUACUCAAUGGUGUUUCAGAGUUUGAUGUUCGAGGUGGUGCUUUAGCAUCUGAAGUGAUGGCACAUGGACCCUUAGCCUUUCCUAUUGCACUUACCCCAUGUGGUAGAGCAUUCAUUGCUGGGGCCUACUAUGGACAAGGAAGAAUAAUUGUGGCCACCCAUGAAAGCUUUCUUGGGCGUGAUUCACUCUCUAACUUCCUUAUUAACGCUAUCCAUUGGCUUGAUGAAGGGCGCAAAGGGGUUAUCGGAAUCAUGCCCCAACUUAAAGAUGCCCAUCGUGUUCUGAGCAAAUCGGGUCUAAAAUGUGAAUUUACUGGAUUAAGGAAAGACCUAAGUGUCUUUGUUUGUACCUCCUACGAUGAUUCUAAAUGUAACCAGAUCCAGGAAUUUGUUGCUGAGGGUGGAGGUCUCAUGAUUGGAGGUCAUGCUUGGUACUGGGCACAGAGCAACCCUGCACUUAAUGUGAUGACCAAUUGCCCAGGAAACCGCAUUCUCAGUAAAAUGGGACUGUGUAUAAUGGGUAAUACUUUGGGAGGUGACUUGUAUAAAGCCCAGCAAAUGACAGAAUAUGGUGAUAGAGGUACACGUGCAUACCACUUCCGUGACCUGCUGCAGCGCUUUGCUGGCCAUGUCAUCCAGGGCCAGGAUCUUACAGAACACGAACAGAAUUGUCUGCAAAAGCUGAGACGUGACUGCACACAUUAUCUGCGUAUGCAGGCUCAUGACAGCGCUUCCUAUACCUCAAUGGUCUCACUGAUCACAGAUAUUGUCAAAGAGGCAGGAGUUCCACAGGUGUGUCAGACGUGUCCUGUUCAAAGUUCCAAAGAUAAAAUGCUGCUUCAUGUAGGAAGUGAGGUUUACAGGGUGUGCAAAGAACCUGAUGCACUUCUGCCGUACAUCAUCAAGAACCUACCCAACCUUCCCUCGGUGUUCAAUGCGAGAAUCCAGAUCAGCGCAGACACAUCUGAUCGUGAAGAAUGGAUAAGCACAGGAUUGUAUCUUUCUCCUGGAAUGCGAACAUACAUUGCAGUACCUCCAGAAAUCAAAGGCAAAGGAUGGCAGCUGCAGAUUGGAUGCCAAACAGAUUGCUUGGGAGAAGCCGAUGUUUUAAAACGCGCUCCUGUGGUGCAUGAGCGAUUUGCUUUGGACAGCGAGAUGCUGCAGGUCUGGAAUUUGUGGGGAGGUCUCAUUUACCUGAUUGUACCACCCAAGAGCAAAGUGAAAGGGGUGGAGGUUGUUGUACAAACAGCCAUAAAAGCACCGUACUACAAGUCUGGAAAAACCAGCGUAGAAGACUGGGUGAAGAAGAUCCGUAAUGCGCCAGCUCCUUGGGCCGAACUUGAGUUUGAAAAUGUAAUCAUCACCUUACACUCAGACUUCAUACGCAAACUGGAUCGUCCCGACGAGGUUGCGGCUCUCUGGGAUUCCAUCAUGAAGGGUGUGGCUGAGUUAGCGGCAAAGCCUGCCAAGUUUCCACGCAAGGAACGCUUUGUCGCUGAUGUUCAAAUUUCUCAUGGUUUCAUGCAUGCCGGCUACCCAGUAAUGAUUCACUCCACCUCUGCCGCGGAACUCGUGAACCCGGAGACAGCUCGUAAAACGGGAAUUUGGGGGCCAAUUCAUGAAUUGGGCCAUAAUCAGCAACGUUCAGUGUGGGAGUUCCCUCCACAUACCACUGAAUGCACAUGUAACCUGUGGUCAGUGUAUAUACAUGAGGAGGUGUUGGGGGUGAAGAGGGAAAAUGCUCAUCCAAACAUGUCUGUAGAAAACAGAAAGAGUCGAACUGUGAGUUACGCUAAUGAAGGAAGGAAUCUAGAGCAAUGGAGUGUUUGGACAGCUCUGGAGACGUACAUUCAGUUGCAAGAAAAAUUUGGCUGGGAUGCUUUCAAGAAAGUCUUUGCCGCUUACCACAGCAUUAGUAACGUGCCACAAGACCGAGAUGGAAAGAUGAACUUAUACGCUAAAACAUUCUCAAAUGUAGUGAACAUGAAUCUGGCUCCUUUCUUUAAAGCCUGGGGUUGGCCCAUUCAACCCUCCACUGAUGAAAUGCUCAGCAGUCUGCCUGGCUGGAAUGACCAUCCCAUGGCCCAGUAUGCUUAAUCACCAGUUCUUAGUAUGCUUGAGUCCUAAUAUGCUAAAAUCUUUUGUCCCUGGAUGUCUGAAUACCAUUUCUCAGUUCCUUUAUGCUUCUGUUCCAAUGUGCUUGAUAUUAAAGUUAUGCUUGAUGCCCCAGUACUCUUGAUGCCCCAGUCUCAGUGGUGGAGGUGGUGGUGGCCUAAGUUUGAAUAUAAGGGUGAUGCAUAUAAACAUAUUAGAAAAAUUACUUCCCAGAGAUAUAGAAAGUAAAUCUACAGUAUGCGAAAUACAUGCAUACUGUACAUUGAUUCACAGGAGGGACAUAUUAGAUACAUGUAUAAGGGAUUCAUAAUAAUCAUAUCAUACAGCCAAUCUCCUUUUCUCAUUAAAUGUGUACAUUAAAAAAAUAAAUGUUGCUGAUUAUGAUUGGACUCAGUCUGUAGAUUUAUUUAUGCUGCUUACAAAUAAAAAGCUUGAAUUAUUACAAA